UUCAGUUAAUAACUGGAACCAGAGUUUAAUUGCUCAAGAAUGUAUAUAUUGCUUGAAUAGAGAUUAAUCAAAAGAGACGUGAUAAAAUGUGUACUGCGGUUCAAAACAGCGCGGCGUUCUCUAUAAAAUAAAGAGCUGCUUGUUGACUCAGUCACCUUGCAUUAAACAUGCCUGCAUUAAAUAAUUGAAAAACGCUAUCGGCUGUCUCAAUCCUUUUACUUUCGAUGCACGUUCAGCGACGAGACUCAUCAGUCACGCCGUUAUCCAUCAUUAAUCAUAACGAUAAGCAAACCACAAGCCCAAAAACACACACACCACACGCGCGCGCACACAACAGUUUACCAGCCCCUGUGAAAAGUUUGUGAAAGUGGCCUGACGUCACACUCCCACAAUGCUCGCGCGCCCCAUAACUCUGCUGCUGCAGCCUGAGGAGCGCGAGACACUCAGGCCCCGAAAAAAGAAAAAUUAGAGAAAAAAAUUGGAAAAAAUAAUAAAACAACAGAUCAAGAGGAGAAAGACCGGGAACGGUGGCGUGGGGCUCCCACGGGUGAAGAUAAUGAUGAGCAGUAUUGUCACCCACUCAGCCCCAGUCAUGGCAGGUGGGACUGGAUGAGAGCGUGAAAGAUAGCAGACAAUUUUGGAGCCUGCAUCCCUUAAACGUCGGCGCUAUAUCGAACCAGAGCCUGGAAGGCAAGGCAGCCACGGCCGAGUUUCAAUGGCAACGGCACCCUAGGGCUGCCAUGGCAGCAGCUGCCGCCGAUGCCUCACAUCAUAUUGCCACACUGACGCUGGAGGACGAGGAACGACGAGGCGCCACCAAAGUGUUUGGAGGUCCCGCUGCAGGGAGGACGGAAAGAGAGACAGAGAACGAGAAAGAGAGGGAGCGGGAAGGGAGAGGCAGUGGGAACGAGUGUUUGGUGUGCGGUGCCCUCUUCAGCUCACAGGACAAGCUCCGGCUCCACGCGUUCUGUCACACAGGAGAGAAACCUUUCCACUGUUCCCAGCCCCAUUGCCCUAAGGCUUUCAGCUCCAAAUAUAAGCUCUUUAGGCAUAUGGCCACACACUCCCCACAGAAAACUCAUCAGUGCUCAUUCUGUGAAAAGAUGUUUCACCGCAAAGAUCACCUGAAAAACCAUCUGCAGACUCACGACCCCAACAAAGAGGCCUUUAAGUGCGAGGAGUGUGGCAAACACUAUAAUACAAAGCUGGGUUACAAGCGCCACAUGGCCAUGCACUCAGCCACCGCCGGUGAUCUUACCUGUAAGGUGUGCUUGCAAAGCUAUGAGAGCACGCCUGCACUCUUGGAGCACCUCAAGAGCCACUCAGGCAAGUCUUCAGGUGGUGCCAAGGAGAAGAAACACCCCUGUGACCACUGCGAUCGUCGCUUUUACACACGAAAGGAUGUUCGCCGACAUAUGGUGGUUCACACGGGACGCAAAGACUUCCUGUGCCAGUACUGUGCCCAACGUUUCGGGCGGAAGGACCAUCUGACGCGGCAUGUCAAGAAGAGCCACUCGCAGGAGUUGCUGAAGAUCAAGACAGAGUCUCCGGAUAUGUUGGGUUUACUUGGGUCUGGUUCUCCACCUUGUGCUGUGAAAGAAGAAAUAAGUCCUAUGAUGUGUAGCAUGGGACCUACCAAGGACUCGAUGAUGGCAAAGCCUUUCCAUGGUGCCACCCCUUUUCCCAUGGGCAUGUACAACCCUCAUCAUCUCCAGGCCAUGUCCAAUCCUGGUGUGGGCCACCAUCACUCACUGGUUCCAGGGUCUUUAUCCACUGCCAUGGGGAUGGGUUGCCAUAUGGAUCCCCCAUCAUCACUGCACCACCAUCACCCACAUCAUCAUCAUCACCACCACCAUCACCACCCUCACCAUCAUCACCACUCCCCACCUUCACACCAGCAGCAGCCUUCCCUGCAAAACCACCAACAGCAGCACCCUCAGCCACCGCCCAAGUACCAGCUCGGAUCUACCUCAUACCUGCUGGAGAAGCCCCUGAAGGUGGAGAUGGAGAGUUUCUUGAUGGAUCUACAGAGUGGGCUCCCAGUUCCUCCGCCGCCCUCAGCCGACCCCCACUCAGCAGCUUCACCCAAUAAGGAGGGUAUGGAACCUCCGGCGGGACUGUCGGAUGACCUUUGCGGGGACCCCCUCAUGUCCAAGAGCCCCACUGUGAUUGCUGAGUCUUUGUGUGCUGCUAACAUGGACUUUUCUCAUCUGCUGGGCUUUGUUCCACUCAGUCUGCAAACCUACGGUGCCCCCAUGAGUUCAGGAGGACUGGUCAUGGGUUACUCCACAUCCUCCACCAUUUCUUCCUCUUCUUCCUCAUCGUCAUCAACAUCUUCGCAUGCUGCUGAACCACACGCUGCCACAGCCACAGCUACAGUGCCUCUUACCUCUUUGCAACCUCAACCUCAGGAGCAACCAGGCUCCGGUGGGGGUCUUGGUCUUGGGUCUCUGCACCCACUCCCACCAGUGUUCAGCUCUAGCCUCAGUACGACCACUCUGCCUCGCUUUCACCAGGCCUUUCAAUGAGGUCCCACCCCAACCUGACCUGCCACAGGGGCUCAGGGCAGAGAAGCAUUAGUGCUCCCCCUAGGGGUGGGGAGGUAGAACACUUGAACACAUAGAAGCCUUAACAAAAGCGCACAACAGCUUUUUAAUGAGCCUGGAAGUAAACAAGCAUAUGAAAUAUCAUGGAGCUUUUAUUUAGGCUGUCUGAAUAUUAGCUAUGAUUUUUUUUAAUACCCUUUUGAACCUCUCCCACCAUCCCCUCCUACAAUUUUGUAGUUAGACAGCAGCAUCAGUAGGCCGUAAGGCAUGGUACUGCAUACUUUAUAAAGUAAUAAUAUUAGUAGAAAAAGGAAAAGAUUAAUGUAGAAAAGAUAAUCUGUCUUUGAGACUCUGAAAGACUAGUUUGAAGUGAUAUAUGAAUUUUGUUUUCUUUUCCAAAUGUGAGGCCUGACUUUGCUAUAUUGUCUCUAUUCUAUUAAGCAUAAAAGUCAGGUAAUAGUUGGUUGCCCUUAAACUAAAACCGUCUUCAUGGCCAGGGGUGGAAGAAUUAGUGAAGGAAUGAAGGAGUGAAAUUGGUUAUUCCAAAUUUAGUUGUUUUUUAGUUUAUAUCUGACUCAAUCAAGUCAUUAUUAUUACAGAUUCACAUAUGAAUUUCAAAAGCAGUUUAAAAACAAAUACUGUGUACCUAAUUAGAUGAAAAUAUCAUCUAAAAUGUGUUCUUCCAGCAUUUUUGUGUAUACAAAUUUACACUUGUUGGAAUGGUCAUUAACUAGUUUUUAUGUGAGAGAAGCAGAGGGACUGAAAAUAGAAAGGAUAAGAGGGUAAAAAAAAACUGCACAAUUUGUUCAUUUGGUACAAUGUGAUCACUGACAGAACUAAAGCAAAAGAAAUUUUACGUUAUCUUACAGGUUUACAAUUUUUCUCAAAAAAAGCACUUUGUUUACAGCAGAAGGCACUUGACCUCUUUGGGUUGCCAAGGUGACCCACUGAAAUCCCCUCCCUUUCCCCACUCUACCUUCACACUUCCUGAAAAGAGACACACACACACACACACACACACACACACACAGUUCAAACAACCCAAGUACCUUUGAAUAUUCCACAGCAAUCCGAGUCUCAAAAUUGGUUUUCCUCCUUCCAGCACUAAUUUUAAGUCUCCGUGGCAACAAUAUCCCACCAGAUCAUGAUAUAAAUAUAUGUAUUUUAAGAAUAAAAAAGUAUUUUAGGCAGGUUUAUAUUUUAGAGAGAUACAUUGUAAUGAUAACCCUGGUAUAUGUGAAUGGAAAAAAAGACAAAACAAAAACAAGAUUUUUUUUUGCAGUGUACGAAGUACCACAUCAAAAAUAUAUAUUAUAAUUGCUUCUUUUUCAGUACAUUUUGUAAUUUAGAUAGUUGUAUUAAAAAAUUGCUGAUGGAUUUAAAAAAAAAAAAAAUGUCUAGCAGGUUUACAGAAUUAUGUAUCUUGCAUCUUAUUGAACAAAAUGGAUGAAGUAUUAGCUUUUCCUGUUCCUUGUUUUUCCAUGUGAGUCAAAGGAGAUGAAUAAGAUGGGAUUUUACCUGCAUAUACUAGACUAAUAGUGGCAUAAUUCAGUAGAAUGGACUAGUCUUUAAUCUUUAGAGCAUGAACUAGAUGCCCAUAAUGUGAUCCAGGUUUCAGUUUGCGUUUUUUUGUUCUCAGUAUUCGAACAGACCUGACUCAUGCUGUCUAUUUGUGUGUUUGGUUGUACAGUUUUUAACCUCCACGAUCAUAUACACCGUCGCACUGAAAUGUCUGAAACCGCAAUUCCAGUUGCUGUAGGUUCAGUUUAAUAUUACUAAAACAGGAAUUUUGAGGGGUUUUGUCAUACAAGCUCUUACAAGUUGCCAUUUCCCAGCAAGUGGACUGCACAAGUUCUUACCAAAUAAUAAUUCAUUACCAAUGGCCAUGUGAGGAAGAGUUGUGUGCAAAGAAACAGAUGAUGAUCAACGUACCAGCAGUGAAAGCAGUGCCUCAUACAAACAGAUGUAUCUCUCUCUCUCUCUCUCUCUCUCUCUCUCUUCACCUCAUCCCUUUGGCUAAAUCUAUUCUGUGUCCACAUCUGUGUUUAUAGUGAAUGUGAAUAUCUCACAAGCAGGAAAGACCAUAGAAAGGUAAAAGGCCACAUCGCAAAACUAAGACAAAACAAUAUUAUGCUGCUCUUAUGCUGUGGUUGCCAGCAACCAUAGACCACUCUGGAAACAUUUUAAACUGCAAAUGAUCUUUUAGCAGAAAACAUGCACAGUACACGUGAACUGUUUGUCCGUUUUCUCUGUUCUUCAGCUGCUUUGAUUCGAAUGAACAUUUAAUGAAAAGGGUCUGAAAAGAGACACAAAGAAGUCACCAGCCUGGUCUUUGACAUUCAAAGCAUGGGACAUUUGAUUGGGAUAUUGCCUAGUCGUUUUGUCAUUAUAUUAUUUUCUGUUUGUUGAAACAGGACCUCAAAACAACACAACGCAUCACCUCAUUUAUUUUUAUUUUUUUUUCAUACCAAAAACCUGGGGAGAAGAAACUUCUUUUUGCACAAUUGCUAACUAAAGAAUGAUCGAGUUAGUGUUGCUUAUACUGUAAGAGUGUUUUUGUUAGAAAUAAUUGUUUCAUAAGAAAGCCAAAAACAUCCUGCUCUGUUAGUGGGCUGAUAUUGAUCAUCAUGGUCAUUUAAAAUGAAUUUGACAAUUUAAAAAAAUUUAAUUUAGCGUAUUCUCCUAGUUUGGCUUAAAGCUAUCAAAACAUGUAAUUUAUCAUUUAUUUCUAAGAAAUAGGAAGAUGUGUGUUUAACAGAAUAAAAGAAUGCUUUUGGCAAUUUUUGAGUUUGUCCUCCCCGGGUUUUCUGUGAGCUGAUCUGAAUUCUAGCACUUUUAAACCUUUAAAAAGAGUAUUUUUCAGCCUUGUAUGUUUGUAUGUUUUUAAUUUUGUAUUUGAUCUUGUAUGUGCCAUUAGUUUGAUGUGUAGAGUUUAUUCAUCUUUAUGUAAUUGUUGUUUUUCUCCUUUCCCAAAAGAGUAACAGUAUUUUAGAUAGAUUGUCACUAAUAUUAACAGCAUUGGCCCUUUUCCCACGCUGUCUUGUCAUACAUUGAGGAAGUCAUUUAAUCUCAAAAUAGAUGUUAGAGUAACGUGCUCAGAAUCGUUCUCGGUGUUUGAAUUCUGAAACUUGAUAAAAUCAUCAUUGCCACAAACAAAAGAAAAACCAUUUCCAGCUCCAUCUAUAACUGAGGUGUUUUCAAUCAGCAUUUCUAAUAGCAAGCUGGCAGGUUCAACUGGUGUGAAAUUGUUCCCAGCUCUCUGCCCCCAGAAAAGCACUUUUGGUUCAAAUGAAGUUUUAUAUAAUAACUGCCUGGAUAGUUGGAGCUCAGCAUCUGAUUUUAGUUUUCAAGAGGUGUUUUUUCUUUUUUUUAACUAGCAAUAUUCUGCAACACAGACAGAUUAACCAAGUUAAAUUGACCUUUUCCUCUCUUGUUGCAAUGCACUUGUCCUUUACUCCCCAAAUACUAACACAAAAAUAUUAAGGGAAAUGAUGAGGUAACCAAGCUAGGGUAAAACAAAACAAUCUGACUUUUAAGAAAAGGAAAAAAUGAUUUGAUAAAAUGCUCUUUCGGCUUAUAGUGAGAAAAUGGGUAUGUCCGCAGAGGAUAAAAUCCACUUGUAGUUUGAUAUAUUUUAGCUUAAUGUAAGUCUUGCAUUCCAAGCUUUUUAUGUAACUUGUUUAGCAAUAUAGUCGUUCUAUUUUUAGUACUUGCUUAUUACCACAACUUCUGGAAAAAAAGUGAAAACAAAAAAAAUGGAAUAUUCAUCCUUACACUAUUUUAUAUAACAUGGAGAAGAUGACUGACAGGACGAAUUGUACAAAAGAAAUGCAUAACGGAGACGAACAGUGUGCUUUUUUUGUUACACAGCUCACCUGCAGUCAGUUGCUGCAUUGUAAAGUUGACAGAUUUGUAUAUUGGUUGAUCCAAAGAGAUGACAUUACAACAAACCUAUUUACUUAUUGUACAGUACAUUGUACCAUUUGACUUGUGUUAUGUUAAAAUGAUUAAAAGACGAACCCACGGUUUCAUAUUUCUGGCGUCCUUUUUUUAAGCGUCUGAUUUCCUGUCUGCAGCAGUGGGAGAGGGUGCGAGAAGAAACGGGCUGGUUAUGGCUGAAAACUGCCAUUCACAUACCAUACAGCCAGAACAGGAAACCACACCACAGCGCACAAAUGAAAAGACAAGAACGGCACAACUCCAAGUAAUAAAAAACUGAGCUAUAGCCAGGCUUAAUUAUAAAGUGGACCUCAAACCUAUACUUUCACAUCUCAAAGAGUUGUUUUAGGCCCAAAAUGCCCACCAACAAUACAUAACGCACCAUCAUUUCUCAUGUGAAAAUGACUUAAAUCUGGAGGAAUUUGAGGUUUUAGAGUCUUGUCUUGUAUUCCAAGAACAGGCAAGGCUCUGACUUUUCACUCUUCUGAGAAACGCUCCCAAAACGGCCGAAUUGGAGAAAACGCUCAAUGCGUAACGUGCCGAGCGAACGAUGUUCUCAACAAAACCUGGACGGUGUUUUAAAUGUCAACAUAUUGGCACCUUUAUUAUUUUAUACAUUAGAAAUGGACAUUCUCAAAAGAGGAAGGGAAAGUAAAAUUCUAAAAAAAAAAAAAAAAACACGAACAUGCUUUUGCCUAAAACAAAGACAUAAUGGGACAAACAGCUCCACAAAUAAAACCCUAAAAUGCAACAAUAUAAAGUACUGUAUGUACACCAUAAACAUACACAGACCCAUCGACUCAACGCAACAGGCAGAAUAAAAUACAUCUGUAGAAAAUAUAUUCUGUAGAUCCUGCAUUUAUUCAUAAAGUCACCAGUGAGUAUGACAGGAAAUACAGACGUAGAUUUUGCUAUAGUGUUUUAAACUACUGAAUCCUGCAUCUGCUUCACUUAAGGGCACAAGAGUCAGAAUUAGGAUCCAAAUAUUGUAUCUUGUGUUUUGAGAGAGCUAAAAAUGAUAACCAUUUUAAGUUCAAAUCUAAAAAGUACCAUGGAUGUAAGCAAAUAUACCGCUACCUGCUGGGCACUGCACAAAUUUGUGUUGAUACCCUUGAAUUUUGAGGUAAAUCCAACAAGACGCAUCUGAUUUUGGCUACAGCAAUAGUCAAUAUAUGGCAGAAAUAUAUAGUUUUACAGAAAAAUGG